AUGUGGUUCGCCACACAAGCUCCCUCCAAGCUUCUUCUGGGCAUCGUUCUUUCCAUCGCUAUCGUUCAUAUUGCGCCUUUGGCCACACACCAGGUCGAAGAAAUUUCUGCUUCACCAGCGUUGGUGCAUAGCUCGUUCGAGGUCGUCACUGGCAUUCAGCAAUUCGGUAUACAGCCUCGUCUGGAGAUCCGGCAGCUCGAAAAGAACGUCGAUCAAUUCAACAUCUACCUGCUUGGACUUGUGAAGUUCCAGGCCACGAACCAGUCCGAUGAGCUCUCAUACUACGACAUCGCAGGCUAG